AUGUUCAGGCCACGGAGUAUAGGAUUGUUGGUGGCGAAAAGAAACGCCGUAACUGCUGUUAAACGUGUUGCAAAUGCCAGGGCACCUACCACAGCCGGCGCUGCAGGAGUUGGGCGCACGCAAGAGCCAGACAACGCUACGGCGCCACCUCCCGAACACAAGGCGCUCAGAACUUCGAGUUUUGGGAAGCCGCUGAACAACUCUCUUCGAGGGUACAGUUUAGAGGGCCGACUGCCCGGCACAGAGGUACAUUCGCGGGAUAGCUCAAAUGAAAUCAAUUGGGCAGUGUCUUUCCAAGGACUGGGCUCGCGCCCAUUCGAGGACGCGGUGCAAUUGGAGCUGGCCAACCCCCUGGCAGCCGAGGACAUUGAGAUCAAGCCCGAUGGUCUGGUCUACCUUCCUGAAAUCAAGUAUCGCCGAAUCCUUAAUAGAGCUUUUGGCGCUGGUGGUUGGGGACUGGUGCCUAGGUCGGAAACGACGGUCACCGACAAACUGGUCACACGUGAAUACGCGCUGGUAUGUCACGGUCAGUUGGUGAGUUUGGCACGCGGAGAGCAGGACUAUUUUGCGGAGUCGGGGAUCCCCACUGCUACCGAAGGGUGCAAAAGUAACGCCUUGAUGAGAUGUUGCAAAGACCUGGGAAUUGGGUCCGAGCUAUGGGACCCCGUUUUCAUCAAGAACUUCAAAAAAUCGAAUUGCGUUGAGAAAUUCGUAGAGCACGUAACCACUAAGAAAAAGCGCAAGAUAUGGCUUAGAAAAGACCGAGAAGUUGAAUAUCCUUACAAAUAA